GGCUGCGCCUUGGUAAUCCCGCCCAUCCUGGAGAAGCCCGAGGUCGCUUUGGCGCCCUCUCCCCACCUAGAGGAGUAGUCGGGGACUCUGUGGUGCUCCGGCAGCCCCGGGUCAGGAACGGAAUCCUCUCGGGAUACUGAGUUCCAAUUGCGCUUCCGACGGCGGUCAGAAAUUUGCUCAGCCCCUAACAGCGCUCCCGAGGAAAGCUGGGCUUUACCCGCCUCCUUCCCAGUCGAAUUUCUGCGCUAAGUCCCCUGAGUACUCGGCACGCUGGACCCUGGCUCAGAGCCCUGGCAUCACGACUCGGAGGCCGAGACUCUCUCCUGGAGUCCUCCAGGGGAGAUGGAACCACCUCAGUGUGUAGAAGAGCUGGAAGAUGAUGUAUUCCAACCAGAGGAUGAGGAGCCAGGGACGCAGCCUGGGAGCUUGCUCUCUGCUGACCUGUUUGCCCAGAGCCAGAUGGACUGUCCUCUCAGCCGGCUCCAGCUCUUCCCUCUCACCCAUUGCUGUGGUCCUGGGCUCCGGCCCACCAGCCAGGAAGACAAGGCCACUCAGACCCUCAGCCCAGCCUCCCCAAGCCAGGGUGUCAUGCUGCCUUGUGGGGUGACUGAGGAACCCCAGCGACUUUUUUACGGCAAUGCUGGCUACCGGCUUCCUCUCCCUGCCAGUUUCCCCACAGGCUUGCCCCUUGAGGAGCAGCCCCCUGAAGGGCAGUGGCCACAUCGAGCCGAGGUACAGAUCGCCCGAAAGCUUCAGUGCAUUGCAGACCAGUUCCACCGGCUUCAUUUGCAGCAACACCAGCAGAACCGUGACCGCGCGUGGUGGCAAGUCUUCCUUUUCCUGCACAACCUGGCCUUGAACCGGGAAGAAAACAGAGAUGGGGCGGGUCCCAGGUGAAGCUGGGCUGCCCUCAUUGAAUAGGGCACCAGAAACACAGUCUGGAAUAGGAUGGACAUUGGGGAAGACUGAUGCUGUGUCUUGUGAAGUUGUUUUUGUUAUUAUUUUUUUUUUUAAAUCUCUAUUUCUCUCUGUAUAUACAACAUACUCCAGUGGAACUUUCCCUGCUUAAGGCCUCUACUGGGAAUGGAGGCCUUUGUCAAACACUGUUGAGAGACAGGCUAUUGGUGGAAACUCCUAAGGGCUCUGACAAAUAGAUUCUGUCAGCAGUUGUAGAAAAGGACCUGUUAGCGGAUAGGAGUCCCAGCUCUACCAAGCCUGUCGGCCUUCCCCCGUGUCUGGAGGCUGGGGACUGGAUAGUCUCACUGCUUUAACCCACCAAGACCUUGGCCAGGGCUUCCAGGCUAAGGAUGGUGACACCCCUUGCCAGCCAGGCAGCUCCAUCUUUUGGUUCCCAUUUUGCCCAGCUGGUACCUACCCUAUGGGCUCAGGGAUUCUUUGUCCAGACCCAGUCACCUCCAGAAGACCUCAGGGAGGGUUCAGCUUCUCCAAGGACCUGCCCUCCAAGGUGCCACAAAAUGAACAAAACUUUUUAGUCGGCCUCAAAUCUGCCCUGGUCUCUUGUGGAGGCCCCUGGAUUGGUCUUGAGGUACAGAACUACUGCCACCUCUGCUGCCUGGGUGUCAGCUGCAGAUGAGCCAAGUCACCACGCUAUACCCAGCAGCUUGUGCCUUUCUCAGCUCUGGUUUCAAAAGACCCAGGUGACCGGACUUGACUGCAUCCCAUCGGGCAUCCGCGGUGCCGUUCCACUGAGAAGUCAGCCCCAGGCCUCUCGGCUUUCUUGAAAACAAGUACCUCCUCCCUCUUAUUCCCGUUCCUUUCUUCGUACCUAGUGGGAUACAGGAAGAAGCCAGGAUGGUGGCUUUGAGAAGUGACUUGAAGUACUUGCGAGUGGAACCAUCAGAGCUGGGUACACAUUUCCUGUCUUCCUUCAGCUUCCAGCUUGGCUGGAAGUGAGUGAGCUCUGGAACCCAGCAUGAUCGCAGCUGCCUCUGAAUUCCCCUGCUGCGGCGCCAGUGGGGGGAACAUAAAGCACCUGCCCUUCCGGCUCUGGCAGCACACAGGGAGUCUCUUAAGCAGACACCUAAGAAUUAAAUUAUAAUGCUUGCAUACGUAAGAAAAGACAUUGGUGCUAAAAGUGAAGCAAGGCCCAAGGAAGAGAUGGCUUGCCUGCGCGCGGAGAUGACCCCAGGGUUACUGAAGCAGUUUGGAGGAGGAGACCAGAGUUGACUUGGCAAAUCGCAACAAGCCCAAGCUCCUCCGGGUUCUGCAGAAAGGAAGUCUUCAGUGUUGCGGAAGGACAGUUAUCUUCUGGCUGGACAGACUGUUCACUCACUGCACAAGGACACCUACAGAGGGAGCUCGUGGAGGCUGAGAUAAGAGCCUGUGCUGGGCUCAUUAAACUGUCUGCUCUGGUGGAGGGACUAUAUCCGCUCAGAGUUAGGGGUGCCUUGCCUACUUUGCACAGAGGUACUGUAUGCACUCUCAGUGGUCCUGAGAAGGACCUCAAAGUACAUGUGUAAGCCUUUGUGUUGUUCCGUUCAGAUGAUCGAUCUGGGGGUGAUUACCUCUCCUUGGCCAGAAUCAUUUUCUCAGGGUGUGUACCAUGGUUUGUCUGCUAAGGAGCCCCAGGGAAAGGGUUGGAAGACUGGCUCUGGGAUGUACUGACCAUUGUGGACCCAGCCUUCUUACGUCUGUCCAUGCAAUGUAGAUGUGUGUAGGACAUACACUGUCUUCCCCUCUCCUGGAUCAAGGCUGUGACAGCAGACUUUCCAUCUGAGCUGAGAGAGAAAAUGGGCCAGACUUUGGUGCCGAGGUACAGCUGGUAGCUUCAGAGGCCUUGCCAGACCCAGGCUGGGUGCCCUUUGGCCUGUUUGGAGAACUGAGCCCAGAGUUUGGUCUGAACAUUGAGCCUGGGGCCAGGUGGAAGUCUCCACAUCAGACCAAGCCAGGAACUCACUGAAGAGAGCCAGGGAAAAGUUUAAACCUCUUCGGUCUUAACCCAACCGGAAGCCAGGCUGGAAUGAAGCACCCUGCUACAAGGAGAUCCCCUAGCAGGAUCCCCAGCCCCAACAAAACAAUCACACCUCCCCCUCCCCCUCCCCCCAGACCCCAGGAGGUACCUGGCCCUCAGCUCCGCCCCCACCCUCCCCACAAGAGGUUCCCCCUGGUUAGCUGUUUUAAUUGGCCACUGAUUCAAACUGGCCUCACAUUCCCCCAGUCCAGCCUCUGGAAGGGCCAGCCGUGGACGCUCGGCUCCCCUCCCCCACUCCCCGGUGUCUGCAGCGAGGACGUGGAGAAUCAGAUUUAGAGGGGAAGACUGACCUGGGUUGUGACCUGUAACCAGCUGAAGGCUUUUGUGAAGUCCUGGAGAGGUGGUUUGGGUGAGGUGCUGGAAAACUCAGUGUAGAAGGGCAGAAGGCCCGCAUUCAGGGACCAAACAGCCCUCCUAAUUCAGGUCCCCCCAGGGAGGGGUUUCCUAGAGACUAGUGGACAGAGCUGGAGGGGGAAGAAGCCUCCGGGCCAGACGUUGACUACCCUAUAGUGAGGCCCGAGGGCUCCUCUCCUGCUUUCAAAAUCUGGCUGCCGCUGAGCCGCCUGCCCCUAGAGGCCUUCUCUUGCUCAAUCUGAGGUGGAAAAAGAUCACCUCCCAGUGACCUCCCUCGGCCCCCAGGGAGUGGGCUGUGUCCAGAGCUCUGCGGCAGGGCUUGCUUCCAGGGCCAAGAGAGGCCCAGGCGACUUGCCUUGCUCCCCCCCAUCCCCAGCCAUGCAGCCCAAGCCCGACUCUGGCAGGGAGGGGGUGUUGGGAAAGGUCCAGCCAGGGCCCCCAUCAGCCCCGAGCUUUCCAGGAAACGCGCAGCGAGGCCGCGGUGACCAUCGGGAUGAGAGCUUGUUUUUCUGGGGAGCAUGGGGAAACUGAAGCCUUAAGUCUUCCUGGCUCUCUGUAGGGCUCCUGCAGAGCAGUUCGUGGGGGGGGGGGCACCCUCCCUAGCUGGAGGAAGCUGUGGCUCUAUGUGAACAUGAGGACUCCUCCAGGCAGCGCAGGGUCAACCCAUCAGGCCUCAAAGCUUCCUGGGGUUCCCUUGGCUACAGGCCAGGGAAUAAUAGAGCAAGCUGAUCUCUUCCAUAGAUGUCAGCCUCAUCAAAGGUGCUCAGGCGUGUGCCCCCGUCAGCCUGCACUGCCUCUUUCCACAGGGGCCCAGUGUUGUGCCCCAUCCCUGGGCCCAUGGGGGGCUGCUGGGAAAGAGACCCAGUGAGAUGUAGCAUUUCAUUCAUCCCCAGCUUGGUUCCCUGGGGUUUUGGGCACACUGCCUCCGGAAGAGGAAUGGUGACUUUUUUUGUUGUUGUUUUUUUUCAAUCUGUACAGAGUAUUUGGCUUUGUUCUUUCCAUGCAUACAUUUGUAUAUAGUUUCCCACAUCAGUUGGUACAAUUUUUAAUAAAACCAUUUAAGGCAAA